GGUAAAAAAGGGGAAAAGGCUGACGAGGGAACGAACAGACAAGCGGAUUUCAUCCCGCCGAGGAAACCAUAUGGGUUUUUGGCGAUGCUGGAUGACAUCCUCCAAUUUGCGGCUCAGACGCUUGUCGACAAUGGCAGAGUGGCAUUCUGGAUGCCGACUGCGAACGACGAAGAACAGGAGAUGCCUGUGCCGAGUCAUCCUUACCUGGAAACACUCUCAGUUUCUACCCAAGUGUUCAACAAAUGGUCCCGCCGUCUAAUCUGCUACCGCCGCAUCCCCGACAAAGACGUCGACUCAGCAGCCGUCAAAGCCCGCGAGGAGCGCAAACUAGUCGGCAAAACAGCCGACGAGCUCAACCCCUUCCGAAAAGCCUACUUUGAAGGGUUCCAAACACCCCCCGCAACAACUGGAACAUCAACACCUGCUGCACCAGCAACAGAGACACCACCCCCAAAUUAA